UUUGACAUCAUUUAUUAUAUUGUUACUAUGUGUUGAUCUACUAAUAAACCUUCAGAAUAAAGAAUUCUUUUCAAUUGAAAAGAAAAAAGUACUUGGUGGUCUAUGGUCUAAAGAGUAGCCAGUUUUGGGGACAAAAAUGGAAACCGAUGAUGCAAACUCUAAUGGUACAUAUGAUUAUGAUUUAGAUAAUAUAUCAGAUCCUAACUUUUGUGACAAAGAAACUGUGGCCAUGGUUGGAUCCAUUGCAGUUCCUUUAUUCUUUUCCAUUGUGGUCGUCUUCAGUCUUGUUGGUAACACACUGGUUCUUGUCAUUCUUGGCCUCUACGAGACCCUCAGAUCUUUGACCAACAUCUUCAUCCUCAACUUGGCUGUCUCUGACCUGAUGUUCACUCUGGGACUUCCAUUUUGGUCCUGUCAGUACAUCUGGGGCUGGACCUUUGGUGAUGCAGUGUGCAAAGGGGUCAAUUUUGUCUUCUCAGCUGGAUAUUACAGUAGCAUUGUGUUGCUGAUGCUGAUGACCAUUCAGCGCUAUAUAGCAGUGGUCCACCCUCUCUCUGACUGGGAGAGAGGACAGAGGUUUGCAGCUGUUCCCAUCCUUGCUUGGGGGGUGAGCUUUGCAGCAGCAAUACCAGCCGUACUGUACAGUGAAGUCAUGCCUGACCCAGGCGACUCUGACAUGCUCUACUGUGAGUUUAACAGCACUAAAGCCAGCUUUAACACUGCAUACCAACAGAACAUUUUUUUCAUUGCUGCCUUUGUGGUCAUGGAUUUUUGCUACGUAAGAAUUCUUCAAACCAUCUUCAAGUGCAGAAAAAACAAGAGACACAGGACUAUAAGACUGAUCUUCUGCAUUGUGGCAGUGUUUUUUGUUGGCUGGGCUCCUUAUAACAUUGUAAUAUUCCUGCACACCUUAACUGAGCAUCAGAUGGAGAAUUUUACAGUAUGUGACGUCUCCACUCAUCUUGAUUAUGCACUUUACGUUUGCCAACUCCUUGCUUUUUCCCACUGCUGUCUCAACCCAGUGUUUUAUGUUUUUGUUGGUGUAAAAUUUCGGAAUCAUUUGAAGAUGAUUCUGCAGAGAAUUUUUCGGAAGCCGAGCAACACGGACCCCCAUCGACCACGAAUUACAACAAUUCAGUCUCAGGGCUCCAUGUACUGAUACUGAGACAGGAAUUCUGCAACUCUCAGAAUCUGCGUAAAUAUAUGGGGGGCUGUCACUG